AUGAGAAUCUCAUCUGGCGCGUCGCUCUCCAGGCCUUGCGGGACUGUAGGCCCUCCAUUCCGUCAACGUCCUCCACAGGACAUCAAAUCCGCCAACAUCUUCCUCACCAAGGACCAAAGCCAGCCAUACAGCAACAAGUGCGAUGUCUGGUCAUUGGGGUGCGUCCUCUACGAACUGGCCGCCCUCAAGCCGCCCUUCGUGAGCCACGACCUCAAAUCCCUCAAGAAGACCAUCAUCAGCGGUGUAUACAAGCGCAUUCCCGUGCACUACUCCGACGAGCUUGAAGCUCUCAUCCGUCUCUGCCUCAAGGUGGACCCCAAGGACCGUCCCUCGGCAGCCGAGCUGCUCGACAACGACCUUUUGAAGAAGAAGACGGGCGGCAUGAGCGAGUCCGCCUGCAUGAACAGCAGCAGCCUAACUCGCAAGUUGCUCCUGUAG